AAGUGGAAUGCCAUGGCUCACUCCUCCGAGAGCGAAGAUGACAGCUUCAUGGCCGUGGACCCAGAGGAAGCCAUGCCCAGGGAAGGGAGUGUGGAGCAGGAGGCCGGGGGGCCGCAUGACAGGUCCAUGCUGGAGCUGCCGGAAGAGGUGCUGGAGUACAUCUUGUCCUUCCUCUCGCCAUAUCAGGAGCACAAAACCGCUGCGCUUGUCUGCAAGCAGUGGUAUCGGCUGAUCAAAGGCGUGGCCCACCAGUGCUACCACGGCUUCAUCAAGGCUGUCCAGGAAGGCAGCAUUCAGUGGGAGAGCCGCACCUACCCCUACCCGGGCACCCCCAUCACCCAGCGCUUUUCGCACAGUGCGUGCUACUACGAUGCCAACCAGUCCAUGUACGUCUUUGGGGGCUGCACCCAGAGCAGUUGCAACGCAGCCUUCAAUGACCUGUGGAGGCUGGACCUGAACAGCAAGGAGUGGAUCCGCCCACUGGCAUCAGGGUCCUAUCCCUCCCCCAAGGCUGGGGCCACACUGGUGGUGUACAAGGACUUGCUGGUGCUCUUCGGGGGCUGGACGCGGCCCAGCCCCUACCCCCUGCACCAGCCUGAGAGGUUCUUUGACGAAAUCCACACAUAUUCGCCCUCCAAAAACUGGUGGAAUUGUGUGGUGACAACCCAUGGUCCCCCUCCCAUGGCUGGCCAUUCCUCCUGUGUGAUAAAGGACAAAAUGAUUGUCUUUGGGGGUUCUCUGGGGUCUCGGCAAAUGAGCAACGAAGUCUGGGUGCUGGACCUGGAGCAGUGGGCCUGGUCCAAGCCAAACGUCUCUGGCCUCUGCCCCCACCCCCGCGGAGGCCAGUCCCAGAUUGUCAUAGAUGAUGAAACCAUUCUGGUCCUGGGGGGCUGCGGUGGUCCCAAUGCGCUGUUCAAAGAUGCCUGGUUGCUGCACUUGAGUUCUGACCCCUGGAUGUGGCAGCCGCUGAAGGUGGAGAACGAAGACCAAGGGGCCCCCGAGCUCUGGUGCCAUCCGGCUUGCAAGGUGGGCCAGUGCGUGGUGGUCUUCAGCCAGGCGCCCAGCGGGAGAGCCCCCCUGAGCCCCAGCUUGAACUCCCGCCCCUCUCCCAUCAGUGCCACGCCGCCAGCCCUGGCUCCCGAGACACGGGAAUACCGUUCCCAGUCUCCGGUUCGGACCACAGAUGAGGCACCCUGUGUGAACGGCCGCUGGGGAACCCUGAGACCGCGGGUGCAUCGGCAGACCCCUUCAGGUUCCCGGGAAGGGAGUCUCUCACCUGCCCGAGAGGAUAGUUCACCUGUGCUGAAUGGCAGUGAGGGCUUAUCGCCUGGAACCUCUUUGGAUAGUCCAGUCCAAGCAGCAUCUCCCAGCACACCUGCUGCCGCCGAAGGGUAUGACCUCAAGAUUGGCAUUUCCCCAGCACCGAGGCGGGGCUCCCUCCCUGAUCAGAAAGACCUGAGGCUGGCGUCUGCAGACUUGAACUGGGAACCCAAACCACCUUCCCUUCUUUCUCAGCUGGAUGGCACGGAGAGCAGGACGGUUGGCAGCAGCGUCAGGAAUCCUACCGAACACACCAACGGUGUCCACACCCCGCCUCAUGUCACCAGCUCCUUGGCAGGGGCUGUCUCUCCAGGCACACUGCGGCGAAGCUUGGAGGCGGUCAAAGCCCUUUCUCCCAAGCCCCCGCCUGCUUUGGCAGUGCUGAGCCCCCCCUCGGCGGCCUCGCCAGGGUCGCCUGGCAGUCAGAGUGCUGGCCCGGCGGAGGCAGUGCCCCCCCCUCGCCCCAGCUCUGCCCAAGGGGAUGGGCACUCCUUGCCACCCAUCGCCCGCCGCCUGGGCCAUCACCCGCCUCAGUCGCUGAACGUCGGCAAGCCCUUAUACCAGAGCUUGAACUGCAAGCCCAUGCAGAUGUAUGUGCUGGACGUCAAGGAGAGCAAGGCGAGAGGCCGUGUCCAGUGGAAAGUGUUCCACAGCAGCUCUGUGGUCGGGCCUCCUGAGACCAGCCUGCACACCGUGGUGCAGGGCCGGGGCGAGCUGAUAAUUUUUGGGGGCCUCAUGGACAAGAAGCAGAACGUCAAGUACUACCCCAAAACCAAUGCCUUGUACUUUGUGCGAGCAAAGAGAUAAUGCGACCGGGAGCACUG